AUGGCUUGGAUUUACUCGACGGCACACCGGUCCUCGACAUCAAGCCUUACGUCCCGUAUUGCGACAGUUUUGCAGGUGCCCGAGCGGGAUGGUUGGAAGACGUCAAGGAGGCCAAUGAGCGCGAUCACCUUGCCUACUGGCCGCCGCCUCCGCCAGCCUGCCAAAAUUUGCUGUUCAUGCUCGUUCUGCAUAUGCCACGCCAGAUUCGCGCCUUUGUUCACAUAA